CUGCAGCACUCAGUCACAGAUUGGAAGUUGCAUCAAGUUUUGGAGCUGCAUUUGUUUUUAUUUUGUUGGACAGACAGACAGACAGACAGACAGACAGACGGACGGGACUCCUGGGGAGGAGGAAGACACGGAUGGCAGCAAGCAAGCAGGGCGAGGUGGUGGGCAUCUGCACCAGCUACCAGGCGGUGAUGCCCAGCUACGCCGGGAUCACCGAGGAGUUCCCGCAGUCGCUGCGCCGCCAGCUGCAGAAGAGCAAACUGAAGCCGCGGAGGGCCCGGGAAGCCCGCUUCAAAACGCAGCCGGUCACCUUCGACGAGAUCCAGGAGGUGGAAGAGGAAGGGGUUUCGGCGCUGGAGGAGGAGAAAGCCAAGAAGUCGUUCCUGCAGUCGCUGGAGUGCCUCCGGAGGAGCGCGCAGAACUCGCGGGUGCACAAGUCGAGCCUGAGCAACUCGAAGCUGCGGUACAGCCUGGACUCCAGCGACUCCGAUUCCGCCCAUUGAUGGUUCACCAGCUCUUCCCCCUCCUCCUCCUCCUCCUCCGUUCCCCAGCCCUCUCCAUAAACCCCACCAGGACAGAAGGACUGUGCUUCAUAAUGAAGUUUUCUUAAUGCUGAAUUUUGUUUUUUUUCAUGGAAAAAAAAAUCUAUUUUCAAAAGGGAACUUUGACUCGUGCAAGAGAGAAAGGCAAAAACAACACCGAGGUAUAAGUCCUGAUGUGAGAUGUCGUUUUGUGCUUGAAUUUUUGCAAGUUGUGGAAUGAACGCCCUGCUCGGAGCCUCUUUUCUCUUUCUCACAAACUGGAGAGUGAACUGACAUUUUUUUUUAUGCCUCUUCUGAAAAUGUUGUGGACGUCACUGAAGUUGGGACACGGAUUAUAAAUGCAACUUUUUAAUUUUUAAGCAAAAAAAAACAAAGAAGAACGGUUGUUUUCUACUCUGCUUUCGGAAUAAUUAAAAUGCGAAAUGUAAUUUAAAUGUCCUUCCUACUCGUCUGAGUGGGACCCGCAGAUACUCUGAAUACUCGAAUGAGGAUUGUAAGAAUUUAUUGGGAGUCUUGCCAAAAUGUACAAUGCUUUUAAUACUAAAAAAAAUGGUAAUUUAUAUGUUUGUAAUUUUUGUGAUAGUUGCAAAAAUUAAUAUUGUAAUGGCUUGUAAUUAAUAAAAUCAAUGUAAGUUUAA